AUGAAGUCUGAAGAAUUGUCUCAACUGGCAACGAAUCUAGCUCCGCUAGAUUUCAAGGCUAUUGAGCCACAUUUAAUCGCCUUGGAUAAACACCUUACCCUUCGUUCAUAUAUUGACGGAUACACGAUCACUGAUUUGGACUCAAAAAUAUGGGUCACACUUCGCACAAACAGAGUUGCAGCUGCUUUCUUAAAGAAGGGCACUUCUCUCAAUCUUGUCAGAUGGUAUCAAUUCAUUGAGCAGACACAUCCAGAAAUUCAAGAGGAGAUCAAGCUCAAAGAUGAGGCAGAGAAGGCAAAGAAGACAGCUGCUAGCAAGGCGGGAGCAAGCUACAACAUAGCUUUGCCUAAUACCGAGAAGGGGGUUGUGACUAGGUUUCCACCAGAGCCGUCUGGAUAUCUUCACAUCGGUCACGCGAAGGCUGCACUUCUCAAUGACUAUUUCGCACACGAGCUUUAUAAGGGGACACUUCUCCUCAGAUUCGACGAUACCAACCCUUCAAAAGAGAAACAAGAAUUCCAAGACUCUAUUAUCGAGGAUUUAGCACUUAUGGGCGUCAAGCCAGACAAGAAGAGUCAUACUAGCGAUUACUUUGAAGAAUUAUAUCAAUAUGGUCUGAGAAUCAUCAAAGAUGGUAACGCUUAUGCAGAUGAUACAGAUCAGCAGACUAUGAGGGAACAACGAAUGGAUGGUAUUGCAAGCAAGAACAGAGACAAGAGUGUUGAGGAAAACCUCGCCAUAUUCGACGAAAUGAAAAAGGGCACAGAAGCAGGAAAGAAGUUCUGUAUCCGAGCAAAGAUGUCUGUAGACAACCCGAAUAAGGCAAUGCGCGACCCUGUUAUCUACCGAUGCCCCAACGACGAUCCCGAGACUGGUGGCCCCUUGCCCCAUCACCGCACCGGUACUACUUGGAAGAUGUAUCCUACCUAUGAUUUCGCAUGCCCAAUCGUCGAUUCUCUCGAAGGAGUUACACACGCCUUGAGAACAACCGAGUACAACGAUAGAAAUCCUCAAUAUCAAUGGUUUAUUACCAAGUUGAACCUUACACCAGUACACAUGUGGGAAUUCGCUCGCAUGAACUUCGUUCGAGUCUUCCUCUCAAAACGUAAAUUGGCUAAGAUGGUUGAUGCUGGAAGAGUCUGGGGUUGGGAUGAUCCUCGUAUGCCUACAAUCCGCGGAGUUAGAAGAAGGGGCAUGACAAUUCCCGCUUUGAGAGAUUUCAUCUUGAAGCAGGGGCCAAGUAGAAAUAUUGUAACCAUGGAUUGGACCAAUUUCUGGGCCUCAAACAAGAAGGAAAUUGAUCCAAUUGCGCCAAGACACACAGGUGUCGAUAUCAAGGAUCAAGUAAAGGCAGUUGUCACCAAUGGUCCAGAAUCCCCAUACACCGAAGACAAGCCUAAGCAUGGGAAGAACCCCAAGGUCGGAAUGAAGAAGGUUACAUAUAGCAAAAACCUCAUUCUUGAUCAAGAGGAUGUCAAGUUAUUUAAAGAAGGCGAAGAAAUUACUCUCAUGAACUGGGGUAAUGCAUUCGUGCGCAAAAUUAAUGGCUCUGGUCCAAUUACAGAUAUUGAGCUGGAACUGCACUUGGAGGGUGAUGUCAAGAAAACCGAGAAGAAAGUCACCUGGUUAUCUUCUGACCAAACCCUUGUUCCAGCAGAGGUAUACGAAUUUGACUACAUGAUCACUAAGGACAAAUUGGAGGAAGAUGAUAACUGGGAAGAUUUCCUCACUCCAGAUUCCGCUCACAAGACAGAUCAGCUAUGCGAUAGCAAUGUUGCCGAUCUUAAAGAGGAUGAUAUUAUUCAGUUGGAGAGAAAGGGGUAUUUCAGAGUUGAUAGAGCGGCCAAGGAUGGAAAGCCAGCCGUGAUGUUCGGUAUUCCUACUGGAAAGACGAAGUGA